AUGUCCAUUUCUUUACAUUUGAGAGCUGAAACAAAGCCUUUAGAAGCCCGUGCAGCUUUGACUCCAACUAGCGUAAGACAUCUCGUUGCUAAAGGUUUUAAGAUUUAUGUCGAAGAUAGUCGUCAAUCCAUCUUCACGGCCGAUGAGUAUAGAAAUGCUGGAGCUAUAAUUGUCCCUGCAGGUUCGUGGAUCUCCGCACCUCGUGAUAGAAUUAUUAUUGGAUUAAAAGAGAUGCCAGAGGAAGAGAAGUUUCCCUUGGUCCAGGAGCAUAUUCAGUUCGCUCAUUGCUAUAAAGAUCAAGCUGGCUGGCAGGACGUUCUUUCGAGAUUCAUUAACGGUAAAGGUACGCUAUACGAUUUAGAAUUUCUUGAGGAUAAAGAUGGUAGAAGAGUUGCUGCAUUCGGGUUCUAUGCAGGUUUUGCCGGUGCUGCUAUAGGUCUUCUAGACUGGGCCUUCAAACAAACUCACAAUGACAGCGAAAACUUACCUGCUGUGGCUCCUUACCCAAACGAACAAACUUUGAUUAAGGACGUAGUUAGAGAAUACAAGAAAGCUUUAACUGCUGGUGCUAAAACCCCUACCAUAUUGAUUAUUGGGGCAUUGGGUAGAUGUGGUUCAGGUGCUAUUGACUGUCUACAGAAAGCUGGUAUUCCUGAUAAAAAUAUAUUGAAAUGGGAUAUGAAAGAAACCGCCAGAGGUGGACCAUUUCCAGAAAUUGUCCAAGCCGAUAUCCUUAUUAACUGUAUAUAUUUAUCAAGACCAAUUGCUCCUUUCAUAAACUUCGACCUAUUAAACUCUGGGAAUAGAAGAUUAAGAACUGUGGUAGAUGUGUCAGCUGAUACUACCAAUCCUCAUAAUCCAAUUCCAAUCUACGACAUUGCAACAGACUUCGACGAGCCCACAGUUUUAGUUCCAACUACGGCAGGUCCAAAAUUAUCUGUAGUAUCAAUUGAUCAUCUUCCUUCUCUGCUUCCAAGAGAAUCUUCAGAAUUCUUUGCCAAGGAUUUGCUACCUUACCUGGAGCAAUUGCCAAGAAGACAUACUUCUUUGACUUGGUUGAAAGCAGAGCGCAUUUUCAAGAAACAUUGCGCUCGUAUUACUAGAAAAUCAAAGUUAUGA